UACACUAAACCCUAGUUUCAGACAAAGUAGAGACCUUUUCAAACGCCUAAACCAACAUCGCCGCGGCCAACCACCGCGCAUUAGCGUUUCGACGCCGCAAAGGCUGAGUUAAUUAAAACUCUAUCCUGCCCUCUUCGACUCUUAAAGCAUCUAUCGCGACGACUAUAUAUCUCUCUCAAACUGCUGGCUUGCGAAUUAGGACAUGGCUUGUAAUUCCACAGGCUGUGAGUCUGGUUGCUAUGACCGUGAGAAGGAUAAUGGAAGCAAGAUUGUGGAAGAUGCAGUAGUUACUCAGGAGAGUGUCUGUGUCAAGUGUAAAUGCAAUGAGCCUAUGACCUUUGGGGACGGUGGCUCAGAGGAUGGAAGGUUCUGCGCUGAGUGUUUUAGGAACAAUGUCUUUGGGAAGUUCCGUCUCGCUGUUACUUCUCAUGCCAUGAUCACUCCUUCAGAUAACGUUCUUGUUGCUUUCUCUGGCGGAUCAUCUUCCAGGGUUGCUCUUCAAUUUGUGCAUGAGUUGCAAAUCAAGGCUUUGAAGAAUUACGAGGCGAGUCGAGAUAGAUCUUUAGCUGUCUUUGGUGUUGGUGUUGCGUUUGUAGAUGAAACUGCAGCUUUUCCUGCACUCUCUACGGAAAUGAUUGAUGCAAUUGAGUGGAUUCGAUCUACUGUGUCAAGUUUGUCUCCACCUGCAAAGGGUCUCCAUGUUGUUCCUAUCGAAAGCGUCUUUGGUUCAGACUCGCUUGACCCACGAGAUAGGCUUGUAAAGCUUUUAGAUUCUGUUCCUGACGAUACUGGAAAAGAAGACCUUCUGUUGCAUCUCAAAAUGUUGUGUUUGCAAAAGGUUGCCUCUGAAAAUGGGUACAACAGAUUAGUGGUUGGAUCAUGCACGUCGAGAAUUGCUUCACAUGUUCUUACGGCUACUGUCAAGGGACGAGGUUAUUCACUAUCAGCAGAUAUUCAGCAUGUUGAUGCGAGAUGGAAGGUUCCCAUUGUACUUCCACUUCGAGAUUGUGUUAGACAGGAAAUAACUAGACUCUGCCUUUUGGAUGGUCUAAAGACUGUGGAGUUGGCUUGUCGUUCUCAAAGCGGCAUCAAUGAUUUGGUGUCUUCAUUUGUCGCUCUGUUGCAGGAAGAAAAUCCAUCUCGGGAAUGCACAAUUGUACGGACAGCUGCAAAGCUGACUCCAUUUUACUUCAAUAAAAUUCCGGAAACAGACGACUCGAAUGUUCCUAUGGCGACUCAGAGGCGCCUGAAGAGAUUUAAUCUUAAAUAUGACGGUUCUAUGACUACAGAAGCUUUCUGUCCUAUCUGCAAUGGACCGCAAAACAUAUCAGACUCAUCGGAGUUAGAUUAUUUUGAAGAAGGCCAGGAAUCCGACGCCCUUUAUGCUGCUUGCUGUUCAAGUUGCCGGUUUCAAAUACUGCCACAAGAUGGAUCAUCUCGUGAGCAAUUCGGUUCAUUCCUGCCAGAUCACAUGAUUUCCCAAGUGAAGCAUCAAAAGGUUAACAGUCAAGCUUAUCUGAGGGAGAAAAUAAAAGACUGUCUACUCUUGGACGAUGAAGAGGUUGUCUAAAUAUGCAUUUUAGAUGCUUGCAUAAGGUAUGUGAGAGGAAGUUGAAAUCCUGGUCAUGCUUAUUAAGGAUAUUUUUAGAAUGCUAGAAUCAUCUUGGUUUUUAAUUUCAGAUCUUAUAUCCACUUAAAAUGUUACAAAUGUUUUACCCAUUCUCGUACAAUGAUUUUUUUUGAUGUGAAGCAAAAUCUCUGAGCAAUUGAAUAAAUAUUCACAUAUACAAUAGUACAAGAAUCAUGAGAAGAGGCAUUAUUAACAGAA